AUGCGCGCAAUCGUGGAGAACAAAGAUAGGCCCGACCAUCCUCCUCGUGGCCAUCUGACGAUCAUCUGCUUCGUCUGCGGGCUGCUGCACCUGCUGCGUCAGCGCCGCCGGCGGGAGGCCGUGGAGAGCGUCACGGCGUUCCAGAAUCAGCUGCUCAACCUGCACAACGCCGGCGCGGGUAUUUUCUCUUCAAUCUAUGUAGUGGCCACCUCUGUCAUCUGCCUGCUGCUCACUAGCCCUGCUUGGUUUCCUAGGCUGUGCUCACUCCUCACCUUCUUCUUCCUCACCAUCCUCUCUGACUUGGUCACAGCCUUCCCGUUCAGCCCCAAGUGCCUCUUCUUCGUCGGCAACCUCAUCGUCGCCUUCCUGGUUGGCGAACCUAGGAGGGACGACGAUCAGCCUUCCUUGGUGAAUGAGAUACACGAGGAGCACGUGAAGAGGAACAUGGCAAUGGUCGCGAAGGCAACAACUGAAGCGGUGGUGGUGGCUGACCACAGCGCUUCUGUAGGAGUGGUGGGGCUAGGGGAGGAAGUGGAGGUAAAGGAAGAGGAAGGGGAAGAGGAGGAGCUGCACAAGAGAGUGGAGGACUUCAUUGCAAGGGUGAAGAAGCAAAGGAAGCUGGAGGCCAAGAGCUUCUUCGACGUUGAUCGAUAACUAUAUCUGGAAGAUGAAAUUUAAAGCAAGAUUGCAUCCAAAAAGAUCUGUAAGGCUUUGUGCUGCUAUCCUUGAUCCUUUCUUGUUAUGUUAGUUGUCAAAGGUAAGGAGAAGGUCAGGAGAUGAACCCAUUCCACCGUAGGAGUUAGUGUCACUGAGGUGUAACCAUGGCAAGUAUU